GGCAUGCUGGGCCAGCGACCCGGGCCGGUUGCUAGGAGGCGGGGACGCCUACCUGCCGGGGACCCGCGUCGCUGUAGGCCCUAGCUGGCCAGUGGAGUUGAGCUACGGCGGGUUUGUCUUCCCUGGGUGCCCCGCGCUUGCUGGGCCGAAGACACGCGGCUGCUCCGGCCUCGAGGAGCCAUGGAGCCUGGGAAGGUCGGUGUGCCGCGGGCUCCGGCCCGCGCCCGUGUUCCCCCACUCUUCCGCAGCACUGGGGAGACCUCGUUUCUUCCUUGGCCUGAACCGAGGAGAGAGCUGGAGGCGGAGUCUGGGUCCAGGUCUUAGCUUUGCAGACGCUUCUCCCUUGUCUGCUCCAGAGCCAUCAGGUGUAUCAGGAAGUCACCAAUAUAAAAUCUCUCCAGUUUUUUGAUGGAAGCACUUGGUGCUAUGAACUUGCCUCUUAGGACUGUGUUCAUUGCGUCCCUCAGGUUUGGAGAAAAACCAAAGAUGAUACUUGGAAAGCAGAUGAACUCAGAAGACACCUUAAGGCUGUACAAUCAGGUAGUCCCAAGGAAGAAAAGAAACUCAGAGAAAAGAAGUUGCACAAGGAGUCAGAACUGGGCCUUUUGGAAUACAGAGAACACAAGAGCAGGGAUCCAGACCGAGAGGCCCGAUACAAGGAGAAGAUGGCUGAGAGAGACCUUCACACCUCCACAGAACACCCUCGUGGGGAGAGAGACCGGGAGAGGCACAAGGAGAGGAGGAAAGAGGUGAAAGACCGUGAGAAAGACAAGCUGAGAGAGAAACAUCGAGAGCAGGACACAGAGAAGCCGCACAGUCGAGGCAAAGACAGAGAGAGAGAGAGAGACAGAAGAGCCAGGAAAGAAGAGCUCAGGCAGACUGUUGCCUACCAUGACCUCCUGGGGCGAGAGGCGCGUGGCCGGCAGAUGCUGGAGAGAGUGGAAAAGAAGGUCCACACAGCAAGUAAAGUACGAAUUGAGGAGAGAGAAAGGAGAGAUGAAGAUUCUGAACGAGGAGAUGAAGACAGAGAAAGAAGAUAUCGAGAAAGAAAGCUGCAGUAUGGAGACAGCAAAGAGAACCCUCUCAACUACUGGCUGUACAAAGAGGAGAGUGAGAAGAAGCACAGGAAGGCAAAAGAUGCAGAUCGAGAGAGGAAGCACCGGGACAGAAGCAGCACAAGGGAGAAGAGGGAGAAACACUCGAAAGAGAAGGGGAACUCGCUCUCUGACAGGGAGACGGAGGAGAGACACCGAGAGAAGCGGCACAAGGAAGGGCUUCAUCAUGACGAGGAGAGGCGCCGAAGUCACUCAGACAAAAAAGAGAGGUCUGCCAAGGAAGAGCACAAGAAGAGGGAAGCCAAGGAACCUGAAAAGGAAGACCUUGAUUUAGAGGCUACUGGGACUGAGGAAUAUCUGGCCAAUUUUGAAGAUGAUUUUGAAGAUUACGAAGAUGACUUUGAGGUUUGUGAAGGAGAUGAUGACAGCAAUAAUGAGCAUGACUCUAGAGAAAAAGCCGAAGAACUUCCUCCAGCCCAGAAAAGGGAGAUACAAGAAAUUCAAAAGGCAAUCAGUGCAGAGAAUGAAAGGGUUGGAGAGUUAUCUUUGAAACUGUUUCAGAAGCAAGGUCGAAUGGAGUAUGAGAAGGAGUCCUGGGCAGAUGCAAAUGAUUCCAUCUCCAGAACCCCUGUUUGUGGAAUUUUUGUGGAUUUUGCAACAGCCUCGCAUCGCCAGAAGAGCCGGAGUCAGGCUCUCAAGCAGAAGACACGAAGUACAAAACUGCUCCGGCUUAUUGAUUUAGACUUUUCAUUCACUUUUUCUCUCUUGGACCUACCACCAGUAAAUGAGUAUGACAUGUAUAUUAGGAACUUCGGGAAAAAAAAUACCAAGCAGGCAUAUGUUCAGUACAAUGAAGAUAAUGUUGAGAGAGACGUUCAGACUGAAGAGAUAGAAACCAGGGAUGUGUGGACCCAGCACCCAGGAGAAGGCACUGUUGUAUCUGGAGGUAGUGAAGAAAAAGACUUCUCUGAUGUCAUAGUUGUACCAAAGAUUGACACUCCACGUCUGUCUAGUUUUCUCCGGGCAGCAUGCCAGGUGGUUGCUGUUUUGCUUGAAGAGGACCGUUUGGCAGCUGGACCCAGCUGGAAUCCCCAGGCACAAGACAAAGCUCUGAACAUCAGCGACAACUCCUCCCAACUAAACACAAAUCUGCCGUUCCUUCAGGGGCGGAAAGUAUCCUGUUUGCAUGCCUCUCGAGUUCAGAGGCAGACCGUCGUCUCUGUUCAUGACUUACCUGACAAGGCAUUUGCCCCGUCUCUGGAUAGCCGGCACCUCCUCUGUGUGUGGGAUAUUUGGCAGCCUUCAGGGCCCCAGAAGGUCCUGAUAUGUGAGUCAAAGGUCACAUGUUGCUGCUUUAGCCCUUUAAAAGCAUUUUUGCUGUUUGCGGGAACAGUACAUGGCUCUGUGGUCCUUUGGGACUUAAGAGAAGACUCCAGGAUACACCAUUACGUGAGACUAAGCAAUUGUCUCUGGGCCUUCAGGACCCCAACGUUUUCCACAGAUGGAGUCCUCACAUCAGUGAACCACCGAAGUCCUCUUCACGCUAUAGAGCCGGUGGCCACAUCUGCCUACAAAAAGCAGAGCUUGGUGCUUUCACCCUUUUCUACUCAAGAAGAGAUGACAGGCUUAUCCUUUCACAUCGCUUCCCUGGACGAGAGCGGUGUUCUCAAUGUGUGGGUGGUUGUUGAAUUACCAAAGGCAGAUAUCUCAGGUUCAAUGAGUGAUUUAGGUCUGAUUCCUGGAGGGAGGAUCAAAUUGGUGCACAGCACUAUGAUCCAGUUGGGCAACAGUCUUUCCCAUAAAGAUAGUGAAUUCUGGGGAUCCACACAAACACUAAGUGUCAAAUUUCUGCCUUCAGAUCCGAAUCACUUUGUUGUUGGCACCGACAUGGGACUUAUAAGCCACAGUACCAGACAAGAUUGGAAAAUAUCUCCUAAGGUGUUCAAACCUCAUCAACAUGGUGUCAGACCAAUAAGAGUUAACGUGAUCGAAUUUUCACCAUUUGAAGAAACAGUAUUCUUGGCUGGCUGUUCAGAUGGAAGCAUCAGACUGCACCACCUGACGUCUGAGAGGCCUGUCAUGCAGUGGGACAGCAGUACCAAGGGCCGCUCUGUUACUAGCCUGCAGUGGUCCCCAACAAGGCCUGCUGUGUUCUUGGUCCAGGACGAUGCAUCCAGGAUCUAUGUCUGGGACCUUCUUGAGAAUGACCUGGGUCCUGUGGCUCAGCAGCCCAUCUCUCCAGACAGGCUGGUGGCCAUGACCAUCAUGGGGGACCCCGAGAAGGUCAGUGGUAGCUUUGUGGCCCUGGUGUUGGCCAGGGCCUCUGGCACAGUCGACAUCCAGUACCUGAAGAGGCGGUGGACCAUCCCAGCGGCAGAUGAGCACAGCCAGCUGCAUGUACUUCUUCAGAAAUGAAGAUUUAGUGUCAGGAGAAUGAUGAGUACAUAAGACUUGAUUACAGGAUGGAUCCCUUGACUCUGUGUUCAUGUGCAUUUGUGUACAUAGAGUAUGUAUAUUCUGUACAUAAUUUGUUUUAGAAGAACGGUACUUUGGUAUUCCCAGGAAAUAAAUCACUAUUUUUAAUGGAAACAAUGAACAUUUUAGUAUAUACUAAACUUCAAAGGAAAUACCAAGUGAUGUCCAAAAGGCUCUUCUAAGAGUAUUUCCAGUUAUUUUUGGAACAAUUUAAAAAUACUGUCACAUUUUUUACUGGAUUUUAAACAGCCCACCAUGAAAAUGUACUUUUAUGGACUAUUUUCUUAGCCAUGCAUAAAAUGAUGAACAUAUAUCUAAAGUAAAAACAAAAAUUGCUCACUUUGGAGAUGACCUCCACCAGCCUUCUGUUUUUACAAGUUUUUUGAACACCAGCUUUUAGUGUGAUUUGAAUGACACUCAUAGAAUCGAGUCAGAUGCGCUUUACAGCAUGCUUCAGCAUGAAAACCUUCUUCAUAUAGAAAUAAUACAAGUGAAUACACAUGAAUUUAUUUGUGCUGUUGUAACAAUUUGUAAAUCCCAGAAACUGGUUUCUCAUAGUUGGAGAGGCUAGAAAUUUAAAGUUCUGCCUCCAAGAUGUCACCAUGCAGCCAUGUCUUUACGUGGCAGAAGGCAAAGGACAGAGAGAGUGUUACUCUGCCCCCUUCCCCUCUGCUACAGCAGCACUAUCCACUCAGGAGCGCUCGUCCUCCCCACAGGCACCAUCUCCUAAUACCAUUGCCUUUUGGUCCAAGUCCCAGCUUGUGGAUUGCAAGGCCACACAUGUCAAAACCACAUGAGUCUGAGGGUGAGUUCAUGGGAAAACUCCCUGCUUCUUGCCAACAGAUCUGUAGGGAAAGCAGGCAGCACAUUUAAACUCUUUCUGCACUUUCCCAGCCUGAACCGGAAUGCUCUGGGCCCGGAAGGCAGCUGGACAACUGUGCUGCCUGCAUCUGAGCCUGUGAGGACAGACCCUUACUGCUCUGGUGCAGUGCAGCUGUACGUCUGACUUUCCCUUUCCGUGUCUGUGUGACUACCCCAGCAGCCCAUCGUUCGUCGUUGCCUCCUUUUUCAUCCUGUUGACUCACAGACCAUUUGUUUAUCGUGAAAAUGACAGAAUAGUUCAGACUAGUCUGUCCCAUCUGUCAAUUGUAAGAGUUCAGAUCUGUAGAUGUAACCAACCAUCUUAUUAAAUAAGAAACACAGAACCAAUGCAAAGAAGAAAGCCAAGAGGUCAGAGCUAAGAGCUAAAACCUUACCCUUCCUCCUGCGGUGGUCCUACCUCUCCGAAAGAGAGCUACUUCCUGUGUUAAAGUCUUUAUAAAUCUGCCUUCUCAUUGGUUGUAAACCCAACCACAUGACCGCCUCAUCACUGCCUGUCUGUAUAGACCUCCAGGUCUUCUAUGGUUGGUAUUGAGAUUAAAGGCAUGUGUCUCCAAUGCUGGCUGUAUCCCUGAACACACAGAGAUCUACCUAGCUCUGACUAUCAAGUGCUGGGAUUAAAGGCGUGCGCCAUGAACGCCCAGCUCUGCUAUGGCUUGCUAUUAGCUCUGACCCCCAGGCAACUUUAUUUAUUAACAUGCACAUAAAAUCACAUUUCAGUACAAAUAAAAUAUGACCAUAUUUCCCCUUUUCUAUUUUAAUAAAAAGAAAAAAGGAAAAAGCUUAUAACUAGCAUAAGAAAAACUAUAUACAAAAGUACAAUAACUAUAUACAAUAUAUACAAGUAAUAAAUACCUAAACAAUGUCUAGUCCAUUUGUAUUUGACAAAUUCAGAGAAAAUAAUUCCAUUAUCUAUCCUAUUUUGGUAAGUCCAAAAUGUAUCUAAUUCACUUUCUAUCCUAAUUAAUCUUCGACUAUAACUAACUAAUCUUCAACUCCCCCAGAGACCCAAGAAGGAAAUAAUAUUAGCUAACAAAAAUAAAAACAGGAAGUACAUGCAAGCAACUUCCAAAAAAUUGUGAGUUGACAUAAACAGCUAGCUGCCUGGAUGGUCACCUGAGGUUUCUCCGCAAUGCUGGGGCAUCAUCUUCAGCCUAUAGGCUUAGCAUAUCUGACAGACUCAUUUGUGAAGUAGGAUGUACACAAGGUCAACAGUUCAACCUCACAUUGGGUGAGAGCAGUCCAUGUACCAGAAACACCUGAAUUCCACUAGUGUCAUGUCAUGAUUCAGGAUUUUAAAUUCUGGAAAUUGUUGAUGGUUUUUGAAUUCAGCUGUCCAUUCUUCUUGGCUGUGUAUAUAUGGCUUCAUCUCAGCAUCCCAUUCUUCUCCACAUCCCUCUAUCAAAUGCCAGUCUACUAUUGAGAGGCGUGAGCUUAGUUCCUCUUCAAGAAUAACUGUUUCAGCUGCUGUUUCAUUGCACAUCAGAAGCCAUCGGCCCACUGCCUGUUCAGCUGCCUUCGAAGAAAAGGGCACUGUACCUUUUCCGGAUUGCGAAGGCCACUUCAGGGAUGGUGCCAUAUUGUCCUGGCCUCAGAAGAUGCCUUUUGAUAAAGCCAUAACUACACUUGUUUUGGCAAGAAUCAGUAGUCCUUUGUUUCGUGUCCUGUCUGUUCUGUUUGUCAACAGUUGAUUUGAGAAUACUUUGUUGUCCAGUGGCUAACUUUUGCCACAAUGAAAGUUAACUCCAAUUGCAGUUUCUUCAAUGCCCAUAUUUUCUUUGAAGUAGAUUGGUACUGCCAGGAGCCAACAUGUCUCAUAGUCAUAACAAAAAAGAAAAAUUUUCUAAGUUAUUAAAACAUUUUAAAUGCCAUAUUCUGUAGAUCUCUGAAGGGUUUGAAGAUGACCUGUCUAUCUAAAAUAUAUCUGCUGAAUCUUGAAAACAUACCUAAUAUGACUACAAGUUCUAUUAUAAUGUCUAACUACUAACUUUCAUUUCUUUAUAUCCUAAUAGUUGGUAAUAAUAUUCAAGGUUCAGAAAACUGCAUUACAUUGUUAAAUGAACGGUAUAAGUACAAUUAGAAAUAUACAUAUAACAUUUUCUAACAAUAUCAAUUUCAAUAUAUAUAAUUUGUAUACAGUAUAAAACAAUCCAAUCCAAUGUAAAGUAUUUACAUUUUUCUUUUCUUUUUUUUUUUUUUUUUAAUUUUCCGGAGCUGAGGACCGAACCCAGGGCCUUGUGCUUGCUAGGCAAGCGCUCUACCACUGAGCUAAAUCCCUAACCCCUGACAACAACUUGUAACCAACCCCCCUAAUCAAUGAAAAUUAUUCCAGACCCAAAAACCAUUAAAAGACCAAAAAAAAAAAAAAAAAAACAAACAAAAAAACAAAACCACCCGCCCCACACCACCUCUUUGGGAAUGUGGGCGUCGUAUUCUUAAAAUUGCUUCCUGUUGGAUAUGGGCGAAGGUAUCUUUAUCCUGAAAAGAAAAAUUUUAGGUUAAUUGUCAAAUUCUAGGAAAGGUAACUAUAUCCUUCGUUAUCCAGUCUGUGUAUAAUGCCAAAGUUCAGGGUUUAUCUCAAAUCCUUAUUCAAGUAGUCUUUGAGACUGGAUCAUCUCAGCUAGCCCUCUCAAAAUUGCUCUGAGCACUUUGUAGUUCAAAGCUGAUCUGUAGAUGAUGUUUGUCAGCUUAGUGAUGUUAUUAUUGUCCGCGUGGGAUUGUUGUUGUUGUGGGGCCCCAUCUUCUUCCUGGAGACUUCAGUUGAUGUUAGGCCUGGCCGUGAAUUCCUGCAGAAAACUGAUAAGAGACUCAAACACAAAGACAUAUAUAUGCAGCUAAUUGAAGCCUUUUUUCUUUCUAGAAUUAGUUAGUACUCUAUAUGACCAUUCAUAUCUUAACAAAGUUUAAAAUGUAUAUAUAUAUAUUAAUCUUGUAAAUUUUGAUAUAAAAUUCAUACUUUAAAAAAAGUUUAAAGAGUCAGAAUAGAAUCAAAGAGUUGAGAUUAGUAAUAGAAUAGUCCCUUAGUUAAUUUGGCUUUUCUCCUGUCCCAUAGCAGAAGAUGGCUCUUUUCUUCUGGCAUGAUACAGGGAGUUUGCAUUUUCCUUUUAACAACAUGCUUGAGUUUAAAGAAGGAGGGAGCCAUUCUCCAAAGUCAGCUUGUCUCAGUGUGUACUUGUACAGGUCAUACACAAUAAGACACACAUGCAGGCAUGCACACGUACACACACAUGUAGCUUGCACAUGCUGACCCAGUCAGGGACUGCUGUAGUUGGCUGGUCCUUUGUCAUACUGGUCACGGAAUCACAGGAAGCAACGGGAACGAACUGCAGAGAUGGAGGAACACAGUGGCAGCCACUUCUUGGCAGGAAGCGAGAAUGUGUGAUAGAGGUCGUGUUGAUGUGACUGGCACAGUGCCACUGUGUACGUGUGUGCUUAGCCAAGCUGUGUUAAACAAAGGGCUGGAAUCUCCUUUCUGCAGCUUCAUAAAACUCAUGACUCAGUUACAGAUGAGCAUGAGUUGAGACACUGGGCUCAGUCAUUUGUCUAGAAUGUUUAAGAUAGAUGCUGUUUAUAGGUUUCUUUCUUAAAGUUAGAAUCAGCGUUCCUCUUUCUUUGGACUCAUCCGGAUCUCAGUGUCUGUGAGUCUUAGAUAAUUGCAGUGGAUGACAGUCACCUCCAUCCUUCGCUGACUCUGCUGGAUCUGGAUUGAUUCCUGGUUGCUGUGCUUUUGAGUUGUAUGGCCCAAGCAUAGCAGUGUGUGAGGAUUAUUUUUAAUGCAAAACCAUGCGGAUAGAUGAAGAUGAACCUUUAGGUUUUUUUUUUUUUUUUUUUUUUUUUUUUGUUGUUGUUGUCCUUUAGGGCUGUUCAGGCUGGCUUGUAUCACAGGAGAAGGUAUGAUGGACAGAAAAGACAGUAAGAAGGAGGGCCAGCACUCUAGUGGCUGUGUGCCCCUCUGGAAGACUGUGUGGUUUUGAGGUACUGCCUUUGAGGUGGCACAUUAUAUGUGACCAGAGUCAUGCGCUGAGUACAGACAGGAUUGGGAGACUGUUUCCUGCCUGGUGUUGAUCCUCGAUAGCGUGCUUUUCCCUGUCACUCAAUCUGUGUGGCCUCCACUCCACAGUCUCACAGAGUGUUUCCUUUUCAAGCUUCACAGCUGAAUAUUCUGUGAGUUAUACAGAAAUGCAGUCAUCACAGAGAAAGGAAAAUGGGCCAAGCUGUUUGUCCGCCUUCUUCCCUCUAGGGAAGACAGCCAUGGUGUGUCUUUCCCUCUGCACUUCCUUGCAGUGGCCCGUCUUGGCCUCGGUAACAGGGACAGUGAAGGACCGAAGGUAACCACUCUAGCCUGUGGUGCCCUAUCAGAGAGUCUCCCCCUGGCUGGAAGUGUGCAGCUCCUCCUUCAGAGUGGAAAGAUGACAGUGAGGGAGCAGCAAACCCAGGCAUGAGGUCGACUCAACAUGGCGUUCUUUGCCAUGUUUAAUCCUCACUGGAUUUAGAGUCACCUAGGAAAUGGAAGAGCACCUUGGAUUGUGUUUGUGGGUGCAGUUCAGAGAGGAUUAACUGAGGGGAAGGCUUACCCUGGAAUAUGGGCCACAUUGUCCCCAGGGUUGAGACCCUAGAGGCAGAUGAGGGUCAGCAUUACCUUCUCUCGGCUUCCUGUCCCUCCAUGAUGGGAACUGCUCCACUGAGUCACACACUCUCCCUGACACCAUGGCCUGAGCCCUCAGAAAUGAUGACAAAGUCAGUCUCCUCUGAAGUUGUUCCACUCCUAGUUUCUGUAUAGUAUUCUGGUUAUUGUGAUGUUAAAACAGGUUAACAGAGUCAGCCGUAGAGGAUGCUGGAGUCACCUGACUAAGGAGAAAGCAGGCUGUGAGGCCCUAUUAGGAAAGGGCUAAGUUGCUGGAAGAAGGGCCAGGAUCCCCAGGAGCCUGAUGGAACACUAAAUGCCAGGGGAGGGAUAAGAAUAAAAGAAUAUUUCAGAAUUGGUGUAAUGGUGUUUCUUUUAUUUUUUUUUGCCUUGAGUAAGUUGUGUUUAUUGUAAUUCCACUUUGUGUGUUAUGUUGAUGUACCUACCACUGACAGCUCUUAAAAGUUUUUAGUGGAUUUCCUAGGGUUUACAGUAUCACUUUUUUCAUUACCCCUCCUCCAACACAGUUGUGCCUUUCUUCCUGCUGAGCUUUCCUGGUAGGGGGAGAGGCUCUAUUGAAGGGGUCUUUGUCAGGUCUGGCUGGGACUUGCUUCAGAUUCUUCCCAUGACAUCUAGGGUUCAGGGUGUUGGUUUGUGAGACUUUCAACAUUCUGCUUAGCACCUCGGUGUGCCCUUGUUUGAAGCACAGGUUUCUUGGUAGGGCUGGGGCUCCAUUGUUUGGUCAGGCCAGUCUUGGAGGAACAAUCUCUGGACCCCUUCCCCUUCCGAUAUCAAUUCCUCCCACCCCGCCAGCUGCAUGGUAUCACUAAUGUCCUGAGGAGAUGGACUGAAGGUCCUGGUACAGUCCCUUCCCCUGCCCAGCAGCUCCUGUUCUCACUAGCUUCUGUGGACACCUCAGAUCUAAAGAGGCAUCCAGCAGGGCACCCAGUCUGCAGAUGCUGUCUCUCCAAGGCUUUGGCCUGGGUAGUCUCAGCACACUGAUGACUCAAGGCACGUGUCCCUGGGCCUCAGUGAGCUUAUCCUAAGGGAACUUAGAGGUAGCUCCACACCCAGAAGUUCCCUCUGUGUUCAUAAGGAAGAAACCAGCAAACAGCCGGUUAAUGCAUUCGUAGAAGCAGCAUGCAGUGUGGCACAUGAGUCACAUGGGGGCAGCAGCAUCAAUCUGAGCUCUGGCUAGUCUCCACCUCAGGUCCACUAACCCCAGUGGGGGCCUGGAUGCUUGAUUCCAAACACAAGAAGCAAUAGACGUGAAAACUCUCACAGUAAUACAAUCCUGCAUAUAUUCAAGGAGAGGAUUCUCCACAUUUAUCGAAGAGGAUAAAUCAUUUUUUUAAAAGUUUUUUUUUAUAUGCAUCAAAUAGCUGAAAUGCCUACUUCUGGCACAGCUUCUUCUUCUUCUUCUUCUUCUUCUUCUUCUUCUUCUUCUUCUUCUUCUUCUUCUUCUUCUUCUUCUCCUCCUCCUCCUCCUCCUCCUCCUCCUCCUCCUCCUCCUCCUCCUCCUCCUCCUUCUUCGAAACUGUUCUAGCAGUACUGGGUGUCCGAAGGCAGCUGAGAUUCACUGAGUCACAAUGAAUACCCACUGGACAAGGAGAGACACAUCACGAGUGGUCAUGUGCCAACAUGGGGCUUUAAGGAAAGUGAGGCUGUGAUGAAGUGGGCAGUGAGCAGGACUCAUCCUGUGUGCUGCUGCUUCCAGGAGAGGAGCUGUGAGAAUGGGGAGAUGAGCACCCGGAUAAACACAUUAUAGCAGAAAUGAGUCCUAGGCGGUCCCAAGGAAACCCUAAAAAGGAACUUCCAAAAAGAACUUCCACAUUUCAGGGAGCUGUGCUUGUUAUCAGCAUUGUUAGGGUCAGAGCCUGGGCCCUGGCAGCCCUAACAAGCAGACCUGGCUACCUGUCUUUGGUAGGUCUCAAUUAACAUGAUAAUGAAAAGGAAAUUUAUUCAAUGGUGCCACACUGAGAAAAGGAACCAAGAAAGAGGUACAGUGACCUCCCAAAUCCGUCUUUGUGGUCCUACGUGAGGCUUAAAUGUCAAGAUAAAUAAAUGACAUAUAUAUAUAUAUAUAUGUGUGUGUGUGUGUGUGUGUGUGUGUGUAUACAUAUAUAUAUAUGUGCGUGGUGUGGUUUCACCCAUCACUGACCCAUCGUUGUCUCAGUUCCCAAAUCUCCUGCAAGGGAUGGUGUGACAAGUUGUCAGAACUUUGUGAAAUCUCUUCUUGGGAGACGAGUUCCUCCUCUGGCUGGAAUCCGGCUGCAUUCUUUUCUUUUUCCCAGCAUGAGAUGCCAGUGCCUGGAGGAUCAUUGUCGCAGUAGUCUGGACAGCUGAAAGGGGAGCACAAAUGUCUCUUUAGAAAGCUUCAACCCUUCACCCGUAAACGGGACAUCUACACCACACCUCCUUCCUUCCCCCAAGGCUCAGGGAACAUUACAGAAGAAGAGGCAGAAAGACUAAGAGCCUGCGGUUGGAGAGGACUGGGAGAUGAUGAGACCACUCCUCUUGUGGACUCACAAAGGCCGUGGUUACCUCCACAACACUUGCACAGUAUCACGCUACUGAACAUUUGAGCAUUGAGAAUGGAGGGACUCACAAGCCCUGACUCCUAGCUGAGGAACUGUUGACAGUUGAUGGCUGCUGGGUGCAGUUGGAGUUUUCCUGGUCCUACUUGGGCCCCACAGUUCUGCAGCCCACUUAUAAAAUAAUCACUCAGAAGCUCAUAUUAAUUAAAAUGGCUUGGCCAUUAGCUCAGGCUAACUAUUGACUAGCUCUUGACAUCUUAAAUUAACCCAUUUCUGUUAAUCUAUAUGUCGCCCCAUGUUCUGUGGCUUUACCUGUUGCCUUUACAUGCUGCUCCCUGGAUGGCAGGCUGGUGUCUUCUCACUCAGCCUUCCUCUUCCCAGAAUUCUCAUCUCUGCUUGUCCUGCCUAUACUUCCUGCCUGACUACUGGCCAAUCAGCAUUUUUAUUUAUCAGUCAGAGCAACACAUUCACAACAUCCCCAGCAGCUAGGAGAGGGAAAGUCAGUUUUCUUUAAGGGUAUGACACCUGGUAGGUACACUAUGCACCAGUGGCUGGCCCCACACCCAUGUGCAUGUGGGGCAGCUUUAAUUAGACUCUGAGAUUAUGAGGACAGCCUUCCCCAGCUAGCAUUCAACUUGGACGUCACACGUCCAGGGGUGAGAAAUAAAUCUUUUAUAACUAAAACUACUUUUGCAUCUAUUUGUGUAGGUGGUGUGUAUGUGUACACCUAAGUAUGUGCAAGUGUGCAUGCCAUAGCACAUAUAUGGAAGGCAGUUCUAAGAGUCAGUCCUCUCCACUGUGUAGGAUCUGGGCAUCAAACUUAAGUUGUCAGUCUUGGCAGCAAGUGCCUUUACUCACUGAGCCAUCUUGCCAGCCCUAUUUCUUUCUUUCUUUCUUUCUUUCUUUCUUUCUUUCUUUCUUUCUUUCUUUCUUUCUUUCUUUCUUUCUUUUUUUUUUUUUUAUAAACCAUCAAGGUCAGAAUGGACCAGAGCAAACUUUUAUAGACACCAGUUUUUGUUUAAAGUCUCCAGCAGGAUCCUCAUCACAGUAACUGCAUAGCAGCACUGCUGUGCAGCUCAGGAAAGUGUCUCUGCCGAAGGACCAGGAGGAAGCCAAGGCAUGCUCUGCAGGGUCCGUAGCCCUGCUCUCUGCUGUGAAGGAUGCACACCGUAGUCACUUGCUCAGUCCAGGAGCCUGACAGGCACACAUCGGUGAUCACUGGGGGCUAAUGACUAACGAAGCUGCUUCGUUAGUGGGGCUUUUAGCCAGCACUCACCCAGCUUGCCAGCUUUUGAACUCAACUUCAGGAAGGCAUCCUGGGCAAUGGCACUGGUAGCCCCAGAGCAGUUUGCUGAGCACUGCAGAGAGAUGUGGACUAUACACUCUGCUCCUGGAGGCCACCCUUGACAGUCCAGGCCUUGCCUGUUCAGCUCCUCCUAAAAGCUCACCCACACCCAUGGCCUGUGGGAAAACUUGAGGGAGGCCCUGGGCAAUGUCAGGUUUAAGAUAAGAAGUGAUCUGUUUAGAAUGCUUCCAGCCCUCCACAAGUGUCACCAGGGACCAAGCCUUUUCUGGUCACACAUAUAUUUUAAUGUUAUGUAUAUGCUUACAGCCUGAUUUCCAACCCUAGGCUGCAAAUUAAAGUACUGAUGCUAUCUUCAAAAAUGCUGUGGUAGGGUCACCCACACCACUUCCUCAGUCUGUUUUCAGAGUGUCAUGAUGGUUCUCAGUUGUAGCCAGGGCAAAGAGCUUCAGGCUCUGUUUUUAUCUGUCCAUCUACUAUUAUCAUCUAACCACCAUUUGUCUGUCCAUAAUGAUCAUUCUGUAGCCUUAUCCAUUGUCUGCUUGUCCUGUGCAUAUCCAUCUAUCAUAUGACUAAGUGCUUGUCACUUGUCAAUUAUCUAUAUCGUAUAUCUCUUAUCACUUAGUUAUAUAUCUGUUACUCUAUCUCUCAUAUAUUAUUUAUUUGAGCUUCAGAGAGAAACUUCUGGGGGCUGACCCUCAGCCUUAGCCUGGUGCAGCAUGUGAGGAGCCUGUACUUGGGAGUGUUUCUCCAGUGUGUGAAUAGGUCCUGACUAUAAUCACAGUGCUGCUCUGGUAAGAAUUUUUUUCUUUUCUGUGUUUGGCUUUCCAAAUGUCUGUCUGUCUGUCUGUCUGUCUCUCUCUCUCUCUCUCUGAAUAGACUGAGUUGCUUGAACAUAAUUUAGUUUCUAUGUCUAACUACUUGUAAUUUUCUAUUUAAAAAAUUUAACAGAUAUUUGGGGAAAAGUAAAAUAGCACAAAGUAAUCACACUGUGACUUUGGAAAUCUCAGGAGUCUGAGGCAGCAUGCAGCCCAAGAACGCGGCCUUGAGUCUGACCUCAAGGUGAGGCCUUUAGGCCUCUGGAGGGCUUUCACGGAGCAGCCUUUUGUAUCAUUCUCAGCAGAUGGGACAGAUGGAAUGUUGUGCCUGUAUGACGGUUUCCCUCAUCCAGUCAGAAUCUACCCACCUCCAUCUUCCUGCCCAGACUGUGUGGUAUCCCUGGUUAUUCUGUCUAAACCUAACCGAUGAAUUGUGGGCACAUCUCUGUCUUACCAGCUUUGUAAACUCCGCGUGGGUAGAAGUCAUUUAGUCACCCUUUGAGCCCAUUUGUGGAUUGUUUCUUAAGGUGAUGUGUUUGAUUUCAAAAGCUAUCCAUUCACUGCUGUGCCAUCUAGAAAACCGGAUUAUAUACAGGCUAUCUUCCUCUGAGCAUGGCACUUUCCCGAACUUUGCUGCACUGCUCAUUGAAAGCCGGAAAUGCACCUUUUAGCGCCUGUAUUUUGUUCACGUUCCAAUUCACACUGUUCUCUGAAGGAUGGUGUGUCAGUGGCUGCUCGCUGUAGUGUCCAGUCCCUGGAUGAUGUGUUUCCAGGGAGUGGGUGCUGACUCUAGGGUUCGACACUGUGCUAUCAAACGUGAGGCUAUCAAAUGCCUCAAAAAAUCACCUGUCUGCAUUUCCAGGGCACCGAUGACUUGGGAGGACCAGAAACACUGCUGUCCAUUCAUGGCACCCAUGGAGUCCCAUGUGUCUGUAUGGGAAGCCUGUGAGUGGUAACAUGUAGUGGGCAGGACAUCCGUAAAUGAGGCCAGAUGUUUCUUCCUGGGCUCCUUAUAACUCAUUCCAGCCACCGCCACAGGGACAGCUGUUGUCCACAAGAAAGCACACACAGCAGAGCAGCGGCAGGGGGCGCUGACACUGGGUAAAAGGGGGUCCAGGGCGGCUUCUUCUCCUCCCACGCUGCUCCACUGGUGAACAUCUUAGUCAACAGCACCUGGUCCACACCUGGGAAACUAGCAUCUCAGGAACACAAAGAUGUGCAGAUAGCUUUCAGGGAAUCUUGAAGGAACUUCCGUGUUUUUGGAUGCUGGAGAUGGGAAUGUAGAUGGCUGCCAGCUUGUAUCUGGCUCCCGUUCUCACUGUCCCGUCUUUUUGAUAGUAGUCAUCCUAACUAGAUUGGGGCGACAUCUCAUUGUGGUUUUGAUUUCAUUUCCCUGAUGACAAGUGCAGUCGUUUCUUUUUAAAUAUAUCCAUGGGCCAUCCCUGUAUAUUUUCUUUUGAGAACUGUCUACUUAAGUCUGUUGCCGUUUUAAUAGGGUCAUCAUCACUAUCUUACUGCUGUUGUGCGAGCUCCGUUUGAGCUCUGGAUGUACGCUGGAAGCUAAUUCCUUGUUGGGUGACUAGUUUACAAGUUUCUUCCCACCCCACAGGUUUCGCUCUGUUGAUGGUUUGUUUUGCAGUAAGGAAGCGUUUUGGUUUGAUGUAAUCCUGUGUCUAUUUCUGCUCUUGCUUCCUGGGCUCUUAUCCAGAAAAUCUGUGCCCACUCCAUCGACCUGAAACAUUUCCCCAGUGUCCUUUCCUAGUGGCUUCAUAGUUUCAGAUCUUACUUUUAAGUCUUUAAUCCAUAUAAGUUGAUUUUUCUUAGAUGCCUUAAAUUUUUUCCCACGGGGAUGAGAGGGGGCCUUUUAAAUAGCUAAAACAAGAUUUGUAAACCCUGAGCCUUGUUCUAAAGAAGCAGUUUCCACCUGUAUAAUGCUAAAUUGGCGCCAUCAGCCAGCAGGAUCUUCUUCAGCAGUGUUUGAACCAGCAAGCAGCACAUUCUGGCCCUCAUCCCUCCAGCUCCCCUCUCAGGACUCCCAGGCUGAGUCCAGACCCCGAUUCCAGGAGGCCAUUACCUUCAGUGUUCCCACUGCUGCUGGUCCUGCAGGGCCUUCCGUCCUCAGGUGGGAUGUGGGACAUACCUCCAGGCCUGGGUCAACUCGGGGCAGUGCUGAGCACCGCUGUGUCUGACCUCGCCUGGCUCAGUCCUCAGGAAAUGCUUCAUUGAACUGACCCCUCUGCUUCUCUGAAUUACUUUCUCACGGUGGUUAGAAUAAGCAUUUUCCCCAACAUGAUAGCAUUAUCUAAAGCUAUAAAAUAAAUAAACAUGCUCAUAUUUUUACUUGAACUUAAGUAUAAACUCUUAUGCAUUAAGAGCUUAUUAAAAUCAGGACACUAUAAUAUUCUUUUAAGUUAUGCUUAUUUUUUCAAAUUGUAAGCGUUAAUAGUUGCACAAUGGAGAUAAUUGGAUCAUUGUAGAUAAUAAAAAAAUGAAAGAAAAAUACAGUCUUACCAUAGAGGAGAAAUAUGCUUCAUAUUAUUACAUUUUAGUAUUUUUUAAAUAUAUAAAUAUACAUACAUCUGUAAAAAUAAAAUCAAUGUAGUGUAUUUGUAUAGCAAAUCUGUUGAUAGAUUUGUUCAAUUUGCUAUUGUUAAGACAUUCUGAUCUUUUUGGGAUAUUGGUCCCUUCUUUACAUGGUCUGAAGAGAGCCUCUGCCCAUGCCUGCAUCACAUUUUCUGAAAGUCAUCUCUUUCCUCACAUGACGCUGGGUAUUCUGAGCUGCAGACACUAAGGUCUUCAUUCUAAAGAGACAGUAAGUGCUGGAUUGGCUGAUAUUUGGGGGUUGAUCUUGGAAGACAGGAUAAGAACCGAGAAUAAGACUCAAGAGUUGUUUUGUGGGGUCCUGUUUAGAGCAUACUUUGGAAAAGGUGAUUUGGAAUGUCUCUUCUUUCAUUUUUGUGGGGAAAAGGCCAUUAAAUAUUAUCAGGGACCUCAUUGCAUAUGUCCUGAUGAUUCAUUUUUUUCCUUAAACUCCCUGGCACAACUGCCCACACUGUGUCCCAGAUACUCAGUCUCUCUUGAAGCAGUGGGACUUGAAGUGGCUCCCCAACAGUAAUGACUUUGUGUGGAUUUACCUAGCCUGUCCCAGCCUCACUGUUAAGCCUGGCUAGUACUUCCUUCACACCCACAUCCGGUUGGGUUAGUUGGCCCUGACACAGAAGGGUGUUCACCGAGUGCUGCAGGAAUGAACAUUGUAUUCUCCGCUGUGCCAUAAUAACCCGCUUCUUUCUCAGCCUUGUGUGCUAAACAUUUUUCUUGAAUCUGCUAUGAGCAGGUACUGAGCUGAGAGUUGGGGAACCAAAGACGGGUAAGAAUUAUGCUGGCCUUGUGGUGUGGGUGGGUAAGCCAACUCCAGCAUAAAUCAGAGGACCUGCCUACAGAAGUAUUUUGUUUGACCUUUGCAAUGUUUUAUAAACGUUUGAAUAGUUUCCAUGGGACACAGCCUUGAGUUCCCCACAGGUCUCCCACACCCUGCCCGAAUCCCGCUGGAGCUGGUGACCUAUGAAGUCUGCUGUGAUUGCAGUCUAAACACUAUCCCUUGAGACGCCACAAGCAGAGGGCUGGCUCACUGGAGGUUGAAGGUCAGACAUGGAAAUAAACAUGCAUGGAAGGUCCUAAGUCUGGUGUCGCCUAGGGGCCUUGGGAGGCUUCAGCAGGCAUGGUGAGUAUUACCACCAAACCUUCUUGGGAAUGUUUUAGUGAAAUUGGAAUCGACCACAUUCAUACUCAGCUUGUCAAAUUUGGCCUGUGCCAUGAGAUUCCUAAGUGACCCUUUGUCAGUGGUUCUUGAUGGUUGAUAGGACUUUGCACACAGUGUGCCUGCCUCCUGUUACAAGAAGUAUAUGUCCUACAUUCUGAGAUAAAUACUGGGCAUAUGCAACUUUUUAUUUUGUUUUGUUCUCAUAUAUCAGGGAUAUAGAACUUUCAUUUUAUUGAAGAUUAACAACAUCUUCCAGGUAAUUCCCAAACAAAACCUGAAAACCAGAAACAGCUACAGCAGCAGUUCUCGACAUGUGGGUCACAAACUCUUUGGGGGUUGAGCCACCCUGUCUCAGGGGCCACAUAUCAGAUGUCCUGCAUAUAAGAUAUUUACAUUAUAAUUCAUAACAGUAGCAAAAUUACAGUUAUGAAAUAGCAAUGAAAAUAAUGUUAUGGUUGGGGGUCACCACAACAUGAGGCACUGUAUUAAGGGGCUGCAGCAUUAGAAAGUUUGAGAACCACUGCUCUACAGAGAAAACCUCAGUGUUGCUGGUCUGCAUGGGAUCCCAGCACAACCACUCCAGCCCAUGUCUGAUAUGUGUGUCUAUCAGGGUAUAUUUUCUCAUGCUGUCAGACUCACCAUGCUACUUCAGACACAGCCUCUGCUGCCAUCCCUCCAAAUGGAGUCCCUGUAUUUGCUGCCAAUGCUGUCUGGAGUCUCUUGUUACCCAGCAUUCCAUGGAUGAACAGAUUUCCUCUACCCUGCACUGUGGGUUCAUCACUAAUUUCAUAUUAGCUUUUCCAGGAAAAGCAGCACUAUAGUAAUACUUUCAAAACAUUACUCUCCAUGACAUGAAGGAGCCCAGAUGUGGGGACACCUCCCCAUCCAGAUGUUGCAUGUAAGACAUUCACAUCAUACUGCACACAUCUCAGCUUCUGUUUCUCCUUUCUGUAUGUGGCUUGCUGGAUGUUAAGCCAUGAACUGUAGCUCUCAUUUGCCUGCACGUCCCGCAGCAGUCUGCCUCUCUCAGGUAUCUAGUGAUUCCAACAAUGUCCUGGGCUGUUCAUGGCUCUCCUCAGUGUGUUCCAUCAGCACCUUGCCCCGUGCUGUCAGAGGUGAAUGAUUCCUUUUGUCCUCCUUUUCCCCAAACCUGAUAUCCACAGCCACCCCAGACCAGGCCUCAACAUUCCCCCCAGAAAGAUCUCGGCUUGUCCUGGGAGGGAUUCUGAGUUCUUGUUUUCAGAGAACAUUUUUCUGUGGUCUUAAUGCCUUCUGGAGGUUGUUCCUGAAAAUCCUGACCUUGGUAUUCAGAGAACAGAGCACCAAGGUAAGCAUCAUCAGCCCCAGGAGUUGUUGGUACAGGUCCUUACAAGUAGUGGUUUCUGUAGUUACUACAGGGAAUGAAGCAUCUUGGGUAGCCGUCAGCUCUCACAGCUGUUCCAUGGCAAAGACAUUGUCUCUCAUAUUAACUUGUCAUACAACCCUUUUCAUUCUAAAAAUUUUUUGGCAUAUUUUGAGAUUUGUUGAGAAAUUGAGAAGUGUCUACUUUCUGUAGUUAUACUGUGUACCCAGACAGCAAAUCAUUGCAUAAAACCUGCCUUUAAUUGAGUGCUUCAGACUGAAGAUGCUUUCAGACUGUUCAGUAGCCGUGCUUCCCUGUGUGGCAGCCCAAAUGCAGAGCACCCAAGCUUAGCCCAGCAGAGGGCCCACUCCAAGCCUGCUUUGUUUUUGGUACUGUGUCCCACAUGCCUGUCCACGAGUGCCACCCCCUCCCCAUGCUUCUGCUGUUUUGAUCCCAAGCUGUACUUCAAUUCCAGAAAUGUCAGGACAUCAGUACUGGGGCUGAGAAGCAGGACUAGACCGCUCUGUACCUGCCUCACUGGUACCAUGUUACUUUGCGUUGUCUCACCUGGAGUCUUGGGUCCCAGCCUCUUGCUGACUGACAGCUCAAAAAUGUGUUUGUUUCUCAUGGUCUGCUGAUUCCUGGUUAGAAUUCCAUUCUGUGCAUCCCUGCCUGCUGGCUAAGAACUGCUGGCCCUGGACCAUGGCAUGCCUAGUGCUAUCUGGGGUCUGUUCGUGGUGUGUGGUAUGUUCUGCUCUUGUCUGCAUCUGAACUUCACACACUAGAUAGCUCAAGUGCUUGGGAUGUUUAAAUACACCCAACUUUCCAACUGUGUAGGAAUUAAGUAGAGGGGGCUACUACCUUCCCUUGCUUUUUUCUGUAAGUAUUCAAAAACAAAAUUCCUGAAAAUGCUUUCAGAAUUCAAUCUUGCCAACAAGGGCAGGCUCACUCCCUUCAUUGGGUUCAUCCUUGUGCUCAGCACUUUAUCAUGUGCUGUGGAAUUGUGCAUGGAGGCCCCAACAUGUAUCUGGUUUAUGUGAGGUGACAUCACAGCUCCCUUGUCCUCCAGCAGUGCAUAAUCUAGGACAAAGCAAGCCCAGGAGCAUGCAAAAGCUCUACAGCCUGCUCACCAGCCAAGACCGAGAGCACUGGAUACAGAUGAAAAUAACUGGGGGAUUAGGGUUCUCUGAAUUCUCCUCUGGCCUCAGAAUGGCAAUGAUUUCUUUCCAGUGAUGCAUAGAAGCCCAUGGUGGCACCUACUGGAUCAUUUCAUUACUGUAGGAAGUGGCUUUUUCCUUCCCCAUUAUAGAGAAAAGAGAUGUCUAUUCAUGAGCCCCCUAGCAGCUUGUCUUAGUUAGGAUUACUAUUGCUGAGAUGAAACACCAUGACCAAAAUAAGUUGGGGAGGAAAGGGUUUAUUUGCUUACAGUCCAAUAUAUCAAUUUAUCUAAAGCAGUGAGGGAAGACACUCAAGCAGGGCAGGAACCUGGAAGCAGGAGCUGAUGCAGAGGCCGUGGAGGGGUACUGCUUAUUGGCUUGCUCAUCAUGACUUGCUCAGCCUACUUUCUUAACAGAACUCAGGAUCACUAGCCUAGGGAUGGUCCCACCUACAAUGGGCUGGGCCCUCCUCCAUUGACCACUGAUUAAGAAAAUUUCUUACAGUGGAUCUUAUGGAGGCGUUUUCUCAAUUGAGGUUCCCUCCUUUCAGAUAACUCAAGCUUGUGUCAAGUUAACUAAAGCUAGCCAGGACUCCACUGCUAGGCACAGUUAGCUCGGUGUGUCUCCCAGACCUCCCAACUCAUAUAAGUACGUGACAAAGGCAAACAAGCCCAUCGCUUGUGCUUGGCUCACGCAGAUUUUGCUUGUAGGCUCUUCUCUGAAUGGAAUGUCUGUGUAGUGCUAAGGGCAGCAGCAGGGCUUUCAUUCCAGGCCGACAGUGUUGCUCGUGCUCACUGCCCUUCAGAAGCAGAUGUGCUGGUCUGGGUUCCUCUGAUCAUAUCCAGGUGAGAUGGUUCCACAGAGAACUGAUCAGCUUUUUCUUGAUAAUACUGGAGACAUGAGUGGAACCCAGGUCUAACCUUGGAGAUAUCUCAAAGACCUUAAGUACAUGGACUAUUUAUGAACACCUGGGUAGAAGGCUCUAGAAAGAAAGGAAAAGAAAAUGGAAGAGAAAAAGAUGUGGUAGAGCCAGGUGGUGGUGGACACACCUUUAAUCCCAGCACUCAGGUGGCAGAAGCAGGCAGAUCUCUGUGAGUUCAAGACCAGCCUAUUCUACAAAGUGAGAUCCAGGACAACCAUAUAAAAAUAUAUUUUUGAUCAUACUCUUCCCUUCCCCCAAGUCCUUCCAGAUUCAUUCCCCUCCCUCCCUCCCAACUUUAAGUUUUUUUUUUCUCAAUAAACAAAAACCCAAUACAUGGGCUGGAGAGAUGGCUCAGCGGUUAAGAGCACUGGCUGUUCUUACAGAGGUCCUGAGUUCAAUUCCCAGCAACCACAUGGUGGCUCACAACCAUCUGUAAUGAGAACUGGCACCCUCUUCUGGCAUGCAGGCAGAACACUAUAUACAAAAUAAAUAAACCUUAAAAAAAAAACCCAAUACAACAACAACCCCCCACCAACUAAGAAAACAAAUAAACACUCAAACAGAAAACAAAACACCAAACUGUAACCACAUAAAAGCACACAAAAUAACUGUGGAGACCAUCAUAUGUUGUUCAACUACUCUUGAACAUGAAGCCUCUCCUGGAGUGGUUGAUAUACCUACCCAGUGUCAUCCAUUGAAGAAAACUAAUUUUCUGUCUCCCAGUAGUAUAAAUGACAGUUCAGUUGUUAAACCUUUGCCCUAGUGGCUAGGUUUUCAUUCAUUCAUUUCAUUCAUUUGCUCAUUUUUAGAUACAACAAAAUAAAAUAUAAGAUAAAACAAAAACUAUCACAUUGAAGUUAGCAACAGAAGGAAAGAGCCCAAGAGAAGGCAUAAGAAUCAGAGACCCAGCCGGGCAGUGAUGGCGCACACCUUUAAUCCCAGCACUCGGGAGGCAGAGGCAGGCGGAUCUCUGUGAGUUCGAGGCCAGCCUGGGCUACCAAGUGAGUCCCAGGAAAGGCGCAAAGCUACACAGAGAAACCCUGUCUCAAAAAACCAAAAAAAAAAAAAAAAAAGAAUCAGAGACCCAUUUGUUUACACACUCAAGGAAUCCCAAAACCCCCCACAAAACUGGAAGCCAUAAUAUAUAUGCUGAGGACCUGAUGCAGACUCAUGAAAGCUCUACCAUGCUCAGUCUCUGAGUUCAUAUGAGCUUUGCUCAUGUCUACGUAGAAGGCCUGGUUUUCUUAGUGUCCUCUGUCCCCUUUGAUUCUUACGCUCUUUCUGCCUCCUCCUCAGCAGGGUUCCCUGAGCUCCGAGGGGAGGGAUUUAAUGGAGACAUCCCAUCUAGGGCUGAGUACUCUAAAGUAUCUCACUCUCUGAAUAAUGUCUGGCUGUGGGUCUCUGUAUUUGUUCAUCUGCUGCAGGAGGAAGCUUUUCUGAUGAUGGCCGAACAAGGCACUGAUCUAUGAGUAUAGCAGAAUAUCAUUAGAGUUUUUUUUCUCCUUUUUUUUAGGCCAAUAUUAUUUGAUUUUACACAUGUUCCCUGCGCUAUCUAGUCUCAGGUUCUUGAUCACCCAAGCAGUGUCAUCUUGUGGAGUGGGCCUUAAGUCAAAUUAGUUAUUAGUUGGUUCCUCCCACAGGCUUUGUGCCACCAUUGCCCUAGUUACCUUGCAAACAUUACACCAUUGUAGAUAAAGAGUUUGUGGCUGACUUAGUGUUUGCAUUUAUCUUGUGGUAGCAUUGAGUACCUUUUCUAUACCAAAGAUGCUAGAGCAUUGGAAUGGAGACUCUAUGCAGGCACCAGCUGGACAUCUCCAUGUUCAAUGAGUUGUGUAGGUGUCUUCAGCAAUGGGACCCUGCUGUCUGUUUGUGGAGAGCCACCUAUAGUCUUGGCAACAGUAUAGGUUGUUUGGGGGAAUUUCAAUGGAGCCUCUUUGGCCAACAACUCAAUGAGUUGUAACCUAGUUCUGGUACUGGAAGUUUUGUUAGGUGACAAGAGAUGGCCAGUUGGGACUGUCUUCCUCCAUUGUUUGGUGAUCUCAUUUAGAUGGUCUUCAUAUGUGUAUAUUUUAGGAAGUUUCUGUUGUAUUAGGUUUCCAUACUACUCCUCAAAUACCCCUUAAUUUUAGUUGUAUCUCCCCAUAUUUCCUCCCACAAUUCCAUCUCCCCCACACCACUUGAUCCUCGCAUUGCACCUCUGCCUCAUCCAUAUUAUCUAUUCCAUUUUCCUUUCCUAAGUGUUCCCUUUAGUCCUGUGCUCUAUAACUAUCCUCUGUGGUACUAUGAACUAUAGCUUGGUUAUCAUUGACUUAACAGCUAAUAUUUGCAUACAAGUGAAUACAUACCAUAUUUGUACUUCUGGGUUUGAGAUACCUCACUCAGGAUGCUUUUUUCUAGUUCCAUUCAUUUGCCUGCAAAUUUCAUGAUGGCAUUUUUUAAAUGGCAGAGUAAUAAUCCAUUGUUAUAAAUACUCCAUUGGUAUAAAUGUACCACAUUUUCUUUACCCAGUCUUCUGUUGUUUCCAAUGUUUGAUUAUUAUGAAUGGAGCAUCAAGGAAAUGGUUGAGCAAGUGUCAUUGUAGUAGGGGGAAGGAUCCUUUGGGUAUAUGCCCAAGAGUGGAGUGUGGUAUUGUAUUCCCCCAAAUAUUGUGCAUGCUAAUAAAUUCAUCUGGGGUCAGAGACAGAGCAGCCACAAUAUUAAACAUAAAGGAUAGGCAGUGGUAGCACACGCCUUUAAUCCUAGCAUUCCAGAGGCAGAAAUCCAUGUGUUCAAGGAUACAGCCAAGCAUGGUGACUCAUGCCUUUAAUCCCAGAAAGUGAGCCUUUAAUCCCAGGGAGUGGUGGUAGAAAGAAGAAAGAUAUAUAAGGCGUGGAGACCAGAAACUAGAGGCAUUUGGCUGGUUAAGCUUUUAGCUGGUUAAGCUUCAGGCUUUCGAGCAGCAGUUCAGCUGAGAGCCAUUGGGAUGAGGACACAGAAGCUUCCAGUCUGAGAAAAUAGAACCAGCUGAGAAGUUGGCCAGGUGAGGUUAGCUGUGGCUCGUUCUGUCUCUCUGAUCUUCCAGUAUUCACCCCAAUAACUGGCCCUGGGUUUGAUCUUAUUAAUAAGAACUGUUAAGAUUCAUGCUACAGUGGAGUAGCUGGGUCUUGAGUUAUAUCAAUUCUCAUCUUCCCAAGGAACUGCCACCACUGAUUUCCUUAGUGGCUGUACAAGUUUGCACUCUCACCAGCAAUAGAGGAAUGUUCCACUUAUUCCACAUCGUCAACAGCAUGACCUGUCACUUUUGUUGUUGAUCCUAGCCAUUCUGGUAGGUAUAAGAUGAAAUCUCAAAGUAGUUUAGGUUUGCAUUUCCCUGUUGGCUAAGGAGCUGAACUUUUCUGUGUUUCUUAGCCAUUUGAGUUUCCUCUCUUGAGAAUUCUCUCUUUAGAUCUGUAUCCCAGUUUUUAACUGGGCUAUUUGAUUUCUUGUUAUGGACUUUGUUGAGUUCUUUAUAUAUUUUGGAUAUUAGUUCUCUAUCAGAUGUGUAGUUGGUAAAAAUCUUUUCCCGUUCUGUAGCCUGUCACUUUGUCCAAAGGACAGUGUCCUUUUCUGUGCAGAAGCAUCUCAGUUUCAUAAGGUCCCACUUAUUAAUUGUUGUUCUUAGUGCUUAUGCUAAUGGUGAUUUGUUCAGAAAGUUUUCUCCUGUGCUGAUGAGUUCAAGGCUUUUCUUUUAUUGGGUUCAGUGUAUCUGGUUUUAUGUUGAGGUCUUUCAUCCAUUUGGAAUUGAAUUUUGUGCAGGGUGAUAACUAUGGAUCAUUUUGGAUUAUUCUACAUGCAGCCAUCCAGUUUGUCUAGCACCAUUUGUUGAAGAUGCUGUCUUUUUUUCCCAGUGUGUAUUUCUGGCUUCCUUGUCAAAAAUCAGAUGUCCAUAGGUGUGUGGAUUUAUGUCUUGCUGUGUGAUGGUCUUUCUGUACGCUGUGAAUAUGUGUUGCUACUAUUGGAUAAUAAAGAAGCUGUUUUGGACUAUGGCAACACAGGUUAUAGCCAGGAGGAAAAUCCAAGAGAGAUAAAGGGAGAAGAAAGGCAGAGUCGGGGAGAUACCGUUAGCUGCAAGGGGAGCAAGAUGUAAUAGAACACAGGUAAAGCCAUGAGACACAUGGGGAUACGUAGAUGAGUAGAAAUGGGUUCAUUUAAGAUGUAAUAGCUAGCUAGCAAUAAGCCUGAGCCAUAGAUCAAACAGUUUGUGAUUAAUAUUAAGCCUCUGAGUGAUUAUUUUAUAAAAAUGGCUGCUGCUCAGGCGGGUCCCAGUGGGACCGAGUGGGACCAAGAAACUUCAGUCUACAAUGUCUGAGUGUUCAAUUGGAUUCCAUUGGUCAGUUUUGUGGAACAUUAGUUUGAGAUGUGUUACAUUUGUUUAUGCUGUGGAAUAUUUGUUUAAUGGUGCAAAGAUAUGUUGCAUUCUUUUAUGUUGCAUUUGUUUAACUCUGUGAAGCUGUAUUUGCCUGCUUGGUCUAAUAAAGAGCUGGAUGGCCAAUAACUAGGCAGGGGCUGCUAGGCAGAGAGAAUAAAUAGAAGGAGAAGAAAGAGAAGGAAGAGCAAGAAAAGGAGAAAGAGAGGAGGAUUCCAGAGGCCAGCCACCAGCCAGACCAGGAGUAAGAAGGAAAGAGAGGUAUAUAGAAUAGAGAAAGGUAAAAGCCCAGAGGCAAAAGGUAGAUGGGAUAAUUUAAUUUAAGAAAAGCUGGAUAGAAAUAAGUCAAGCUAAGGCCAGGAAUUCAUAAGUAAGAACAAGUCUCCAUGUAUUUAUUUGGGUGUUGGGCCCCCAAAGAGUAAAAAACAACAACUACAUCUUUUGGUGUUCCAAUGUUGGUCCAGAUUUCCACAUAGGGCCUGAGACAGCUUAAAAAAAAAGAUACAGCUCCUUUAAGAAAUCCUGCUGUACAGCAGAGCACUUAAACAGCCUUUUUCAUGCUAAGUAGAAACAAAAAACUAAGUAAAAAAUGCCUCCCACAGUGCAGGGUACUAGCAUUUCAGAGCUGGGGGUUGAGGGCAGUUUCUGGUCAAAUGCACCUCUGACAGGCCUGCAAGUGGCUUGGCUUUUGCAGACCUGAAAAGUGGGCAGAGCCAGCCGCCAAUGCCACAGCAGAGGUCCUAGCUUCCUAGCUGUGCUGCUUAGCAGUUUAAAGGCUCAUGCAGUCAAGAAAGACUAGAGAUACAUAGUAAAGAGGUCCAGAUGGAAAAAAACCUCUAAACAGGUUCCAGUGUAUUUAAAAAUGCUUGAGGCUUAAGAAAGAAAAGAAAAAGGGUAUAGAUAGUCAUAGAAAGAAAUAGUUUAAAAAUAAUGAAGUCUUUAAAGAGAGAGUAAAAGUAAUAUAAAAGAAAAAAGCUGCACACCAAUAGAAAAUAUACAGGGAGUCUGGAUCCUAUAUAGUAUUGUGUUGAUUUUGAAUAUUUUGAUUGCUGGGUAAGCAAAUGACAGCUGCUAAGAGACAUGGGAUUGAAAGAGGACUGAUGAAAUAAACCAGCCUAGAUAUUUUAAGAAUGCCUUAACUUUAAAAUGGAACUAAAAUUGCAUUGCUUUGGAGAAGAGGUUUUGCUUUUAUUUCCACAGGAAACAAGAGGCUAUGGGUUCCUUCAGGGUUGCUAUUGGAUCAGAUUUGAUCAGGGAGACUUCCUGAAUCUUAAUAGGUGAUAUGUAUCAACAAAAGUUAUAGCUGGUCUUCACAAGACUUGGCCAUUAUCUCAAUUUUCUCCCCUAAGAUGCCUUUGCCCACAGACAACUGGAAGCAGUCUAGUGAAGAUGAUGCCCACAUUCCCAAGAGAUGGGGUGAGUGGUUGUUGGUUAUUUGGUGGGUUAUGGAUAUUUGUUAUCAUUUAGGGAAAUAUAGGAAUAUAGGAUAAAAAGAUACCUAUUAAUCUCAGAUAUUUGGCAUUGGCAUGGAUUUUGGUAUAUUGAUACAAAUUUAAAGUUAUUUUUGUUACACUGUAUAUAUGUUUCUACUCUUGUUUGGGGUAUUGUGCUUACCAGCUCAUUUAAAAAUGCAAUAUAUAAAUUAUGAAAUGUGGUUAGUAGUUAAUCUCUAGUAAUCAAACUUCUAGUACCACUAGGUAUGUUUUCAAGGCUAAACAGGUAUAAUUUAGACAUUAUUUUUAAACACUUCCAAGACAUACAGAAUAUGGCUUUCAAGAUAUUUAAUAACCUGAGGUUUUUCAAGACAAUGAGACACAUCUGCUUCUAGCAGCACCAAUUUACUUCAGAGAAGAUGAUGAGCAUCGAAGAAACUCCAUAUGGAGCUUGCUUUCAUUGUGGCAAAAGCUAGCUAUUUGGGCAAGAAACUGCUCUUGCCUUGACUGCUGACUGUGCUGUUCAGACUGCACAAGUGGGUCUGGAGAAAGACUGUGGAACUUUGUCAAGGUAGGACAGUCCUUCCAGAUUCCUGCUUCACAGAAGAGUCUGCCAGACAUUCUGCAGGACACAGAGGAAAACGACUGAUGAACUUUAUCAAUAUAAGAUGGGGCAGUCCUUCAAAUUUCCUGCUUUACUGAAAAGUCUGACAGAUAUUCUAGGCCUGUAGGCUGAAGAUGGAUGCCCAAUGUUGCAGAGGAACUUUGGGUGACUGUCCAGGCAGCCAGAUCUCUCUGUUGUAAUAUUAUAUCCUUCUGGGGUCUUUGAUGGAGUUAGACUAAAUAGUUAAGAGUUAUAGUUUCCAUUAGUUAUGAUAGGAAGUAAAUUACAUGUAAACCUUUGAAAUCAUUAAGGUAAGAUAUAUAAUGGAAUAUUUUCCUGAACUUGCCAAAUACAAAUGGACUGAAUAUUGUAAAUGUAAUUCUUAUUUAAUAACUAUUUUUGUUGUAUGUAGUUUUAUUAUGUUGAAGUUAAAACCUUUCAUUUUUAUUUAGACAAAAAAAGGGGAAAAUGGAAUAUUUAAUGUUGCAAAGAUGUGGUGCAUUAUUUUAUGUUGCAUUUGUUUAAUGUAGCUAGAGUUUUCCUGCCUGGCCCACAGUCAGGACAAAUCUCUCUCACCUGCCAGUCCCACAGCCACUCAGACCCAACCAAGUAAACACAGAGACUUAUACUGGUUACAAACUGUAUGGCCGUGGCAGGCUUCUUGCUAACUGUUCUUAUAUCUUAAAUUAAUCCAUUUCUAUAAAUCUAUACCUUGCCACAUGGCUCGUGGCUUACCGGCGUCUUCACAUGCUGCUUGUCAUGGUGGUGGCUGGCAGUGACUCUCCUUCUGCCUUCCUGUUCUCUCAAUUCUCCUCUUUGUUAGUCCUGCCUAUACUUCCUGCCUGGCCACUGGCUAUUCAGUGUUUUAUUUAUUGACCAAUCAAAGCAUUUGACAUACAGACCAUCCCACAGCAGUUUAACUCUGUAAAGCUGUGUUACGUUGCCUGCUUAAAACACCUAAUGGUCUAAUAAAGAGCUGAACAGCCAAUAGCAAGUCAGGAGAUGGAUAGGUGGGGCUGCCAGGCAGAGAGAAUAAAUAGAAGGAGAAAAACCUGAAGAGGGUGGAACAAGAAAGGAAGAAGGAGAGGAGGAUGCCAGAGCCCAGCCACCAGCCACACAACCAGAAGGAAAGGGAAGUGUAUAGAAUAGAGAAAGGUAAAGGCCCAGAGGCAAAAGAGAGAUGGGAUAAUUUAAGUUAAGAAAAGCUGGAUAGAAAUAAGCCAAGCUAAGGCCAGGUGUUCGUAAGUAAGAACAAGUUUCUGUGUAUUUAUUUGGGAGCUGGGUGGUGGGCCCCUAAAGAGUAAAAAACAAACCAAUAAACAAUUACAGGUCAACAUGUCUAUUUUUGUGCCAAUACCAUGCUGUUUUUAUUACUUUUUAGUUCAACUUGAAUUCAAGGAUCGUUCUAGCUCUAGCAGUUCCUUUAUUAUUCAGGAUUGUUUUAGCUGUCCUGAGUUUUUGUUGGUUUCUAUGUGAAGCUGAAAAUUGUCUUUUCAAGACCAGGGAAUAAUUGUGUUGAAAUUUUGAUGGAGAUUGCAUUUAAUCUGUAUAUUGCUUUUGGUAGGGCGGCCAUUUUUACUAUGUUAAUCCUACCAAUUCAUGAGCAAGGGAGAUAUUUCCAUCUUCUGAUAUCUUCUUCAAAGACUUGAUUUUUUUUUUCCAUACAAGACUUUCACUUGCUGGGUUAGAGUUACCACAAAAUAUAUUUUAUAUUAUUUGAGGCUAUUGUGAAAGAUACCAUUUCCCUAAUUUCUUUCUUAGUCCCUUUGUCAUUUGUAUAUAGGAGGGCUACUGAAUUUUGUGAGUUAAUUUUGUAUCCAGCUACUUUGUUGAAAGUGGUUAUCAGCUGUAGGAGUUUCCUAGUGAAAUUUUUAGAGUAAAUGAUGUAUACUAUCAUAUCAUCUGCAAAUAAAUAUACUUUGACUUCUUUUUUCCAA